CUGCCACCUCUAAAGCCGUGUGGAGCACAAUAAAUUCGGGGAAAACUCGAAAUGGAAAGUAAAAGAGAUAUAAAACAUAAGAACAGGGUGCAUUUCCGCACCCAAUCGUGGGGCAAGACAAAGUUCAAGCCCAAGAAAUAUGUCAAGCCCUUUGUGCCGCCCGUGCCCGAGAGCAGCGCCAAGCCGUGGCAGCAUGUGAAGAACGACAUCAUCGAUGACUCCGAGGAACGGGGACACCAAAAUGUAGACACCGAGGAUGCCAGGAAGUUCAUGCAGCAGAGGGAGCAGAACCACCGGCGAAACAUCAUAGAGGCCAACCGAUCGGAGGCCACCAAGUGGGAGUCCUUCGAGGAGGCGGAGGAGAAGCCAGCCCCAAGAGAACUUCCCACGGACGUUGAGAACUUCACUGCCAAGGAUCGCAACUUCUACCGAAGGCAGCUUACUAAAGGCAUAAGUCUAACUGGUAAAAAGGGUAACCUUCGAUCCUGCAUCACAGACUUGAAAAGGAACCCCAAGCAAAUGCUCAAUAUUGAUGGCCAAGCAAAGGGAAGCAAUCCCUUCCAGAAAUUGAGAGACAAUGAUAAAGGUAGAGUGCAGAAAAAGGGAAAGAAAGCGAACAAUCCAUUUAACAAGAAACGCAAUGAAUAAUUUACAUAGAAUAAACGUGGCUGCACCCGAAACUUGUUAUUAAACAAUACUAAAAUAAAUACUUUUUAUAAAAAUUA